CGGGCCGGGACUGCCUACCCCUCCGCCAGAAAGAGGCGCGCUGUUGGCAUCCAUCCAAGGCGCAGGCGUACAUGUGCUCAAGAAACGCGGCGAUGCUCCUGCUCCACGCGCUACACCCCCGCCCGAAGAGCCAGCUGCUGCGGCAGGCGGAGGCGGAGACCUUACAUCUGCAUUGGCUGCGGCCCUGUUGGAGCGCAACAAGCGGAUGGGCGACAGCGAUGACGAAGACGAGGAUGAGGACGAGUGGGAUUAGGAUGGAUUUUGACAAUCGUCGAUAGGUGGACCGCAUUCUCUAGCACUUCUUUCACAGCCUACUGUGCAUUAUAUUUCGUAUCUAUCUC